AUGGCCCCGGAUCUCAACUCGAUGCCUGCGUCGCCGGCCGUCGGCGCCACCGCACCCUCCGCCUCCGCGCCCGUCGCCUCGUCCACGGGCCCGCAGGCGCCGCCCAAGCCGACACGUAAGCAGCCCAACAUUCUGUACGUCAUGGCUGACCAGCUGGCAGCGCCCCAGCUGAAGAUGUACAACCCGAACUCGCAAAUCAUCACGCCCAACCUGGACGCAUUGGCAGCCAAGUCUGUCCAGUUCGAUUCGGCCUACUGCCCGUCGCCCCUCUGCGCACCUUCGCGCAUGAGUAUGAUCACUGGCCGCCUGCCCAUGGGCAUUGGCGCCUACGACAACGGCGCACAGAUUGGCAGUGACAUUCCGACAUAUGCGCACUACUUGCGCCUUCAAGGCUACCACACCGUACUCGCGGGCAAGAUGCACUUUAUUGGCGACCAGCUGCACGGUUACGAGACGCGGCUGACGAGCGAUAUCUACCCCGGCGACUUCGGCUGGGUCGUCAACUGGGACAAGCCGGACACGCGGCUCGAGUGGUACCACAACGCCAGCUCGAUUGAGCAAGCCGGUGUUUGCGUGCGCAGCAACCAGCUGGACUAUGACAAUGAGGUCAUGUACCGGUCGGAGCAGUACCUAUAUGACUAUGUGCGGGCGGACCCGUCGACGCGCCGGCCGUUUUGUCUGACGGUUUCGCUAACGCACCCGCACGACCCCUAUACCAUCCACCGCAAGUUCUGGGACAUGUACGAGGGCGUCGACAUUGACAUGCCCAAGGUCAACAUCCCCAAGGAGGACCAGGACCCGCACAGCAAGCGUCUCCUCAAGGUGUGCGACCUGUGGGACAAGGAAUUCACGGACGAGCAGGUCAAGCGCGCCAAGCGCGCCUACUACGGCGCUGUCAGCUAUGUCGAUGACUGUCUCGGCCGCCUGCUGGGCAUCCUGAAGGACUGCGAUCUGGCUGACGACACCAUUGUUAUUUUCAGCGGCGAUCACGGUGACAUGUUGGGCGAGCGCGGACUUUGGUAUAAGAUGUCGUACUUUGAAUCUUCGGUGCGCGUGCCCUUCCUCAUCCACCACCCUCCCGGCAUCGGCGUCAACGGCGGCGAGGGGCAGGAGGCCAACGCCAACUCCAUCAAGCCCCACCGUGUCUCGCAGAACGUGUCGACGCUCGACAUUUUGCCGACCAUGUGCGAUCUCACGGGCGCCACGCCGCACCCGGACCUGCCGAUGGACGGCCAGUCGCUGCUGCCGCAUCUGCAGAACCGCGACGGCGGUCCGGACACCGUCAUCGCCGAAUACACGGGCGAGGGCACUGUGGCCCCGCUCAUGAUGAUCCGCCGUGGCGCGUACAAGUUUGUCAUCUGCCCGUCGGACGGCGUGCAGCUUUUCAACCUGCAGACCGAUCCUGAUGAGCUGAUCGACCUCGCCAAGGCGCUGCAGAAGAAGACGGAGCUGGGUGCCGUGCUCACGGCGGAAGAGGAGGUAGCCCGGCAGGUUCUCACCGCGUUUGAGGCCGAGGCCGCCGAGCGCUGGGACAUGGACGCCAUCACCAAGGCGGUGCGCCAGUCGCAGCGCCAGCGGCAGCUGGUGUGGCCGGCGCUCAAGACGGGCAAGUUCACCAGCUGGGACUACGACCCGCACGACGACGGGCGCGAAAAGUACAUUCGCUCGCACAUGGACUUGGACGAUCUGGAGCGCAUGGCACGCUUCCCGCCGGUUGAUCGGUGGGGCAAGGAUGCACGUACGUAG